GCCAGUGUGCCGACGUACGGAGAACGCAGGCUGCUUUCGAUCGGUGUUGGUGUACAGUGUCGUAGUUGGGCGAACAAAAAACAGACAGGGUUGAGCACGUUGUAUUCCGGGAGUUAGAUUGUUGGUUUGGUUGCGUAGUCUUAAUUGGUGCAAGAUGUUCCAUCUGAAAACUUUAGCCAAGUCGUCGGCUGCGUUGAAGCAAGGUGUAGACGUCCAGGGUGCCUUGGCUCGUGCAGUACCAGCCGCAAUUCAAGCUCGUAAUUUCGCCGAUCAUCAAAUACCGGACAGGUUGAAAGAUGUGCCUACCGCGCCAAAUCCAAAAUUCUUCGACAUGGUUGAGUAUUUCUUUCAUCGCGCUUGUCAGAUCGUCGAGGAUAAGCUAGUCGAGGAUAUUGGAAAAGGAUCAAAGCUUAGCGUCGAGGAUCGCAAGAAAAAGGUCAAGGGUAUCCUUAUGCUUAUGCAGCCCUGCGAUCACAUCUUGGAAACAUCCUUCCCGCUUAGACGUGAUUCUGGCGACUAUGAGAUGAUCACUGGCUAUCGUGCUCAGCAUUCCACUCAUCGAACACCUUGCAAGGGAGGUAUCCGUUUUUCAAUGGAUGUUUGCCGGGACGAGGUAAAAGCCCUGUCUGCUCUGAUGACGUUCAAAUGUGCCUGCGUGGAUGUACCGUUUGGUGGCGCUAAGGCUGGUAUCAAGAUCAACCCCAAGGCUUACUCCGAGCAUGAGCUGGAAAAAAUCACCAGAAGAUUCACCUUGGAGUUGGCCAAGAAGGGAUUCAUUGGACCUGGUGUUGAUGUACCUGCACCUGAUAUGGGCACUGGAGAACGUGAAAUGUCCUGGAUUGCUGACACCUAUGCCAAGACAAUUGGACACUUGGAUAUCAAUUCCCAUGCUUGCGUUACUGGUAAACCAAUCAAUCAGGGUGGAAUUCAUGGAAGAAUCUCUGCAACUGGACGUGGUGUCUUCCACGGUCUUGAAAAUUUCAUUAACGAAGCUAAUUAUAUGAGUAUGAUUGGUACUACACCUGGAUGGGGAGGCAAGACAUUCAUUGUCCAAGGUUUUGGUAACGUGGGUCUUCAUUCUAUGCGCUACUUGCAUCGUGCUGGAGCAGUCUGCAUUGGAGUAAUCGAACACGACGGUUCUAUCUUCAAUCCUGAGGGCAUUGACCCCAAGCAACUGGAAGAUUAUCGUAUCGAAACUGGUAGCAUUGUUGGCUUCCCUGGUGCGAAACCUUACGAAGGCGAAAACCUUAUGUACGAACCCUGCGACAUCUUCAUUCCCGCUGCAAUUGAAAAAGUUAUUACAAAGGACAACGCUGGACGUAUCCAAGCUAAGAUCGUCGCCGAAGCUGCUAACGGACCCACCACGCCCGCUGCUGACCAAAUUCUCAUUGAGAGGAACAUCCUUGUUAUUCCCGACUUGUAUAUUAACGCUGGUGGUGUAACCGUAUCAUUCUUUGAAUGGUUGAAGAAUCUGAACCACGUAUCUUACGGUCGACUCACCUUCAAGUACGAACGAGAAUCCAACUAUCAUCUACUCGAAUCCGUGCAGCAGUCGCUUGAACGAGAAUCGGUCCAGGAGUCUCUUGAACGCAGGUUUGGACGCGUUGGCGGUCGCAUCCCCGUUACACCUUCAGAAGCCUUCCAGAAACGUAUUUCCGGUGCUUCCGAAAAGGACAUCGUCCAUUCCGGUCUGGACUACACCAUGGAACGGUCUGCCAGGGCCAUUAUGAAGACUGCGAUGAAAUUCAAUCUCGGUCUUGACCUGAGGACAGCUGCUUACGCGAACUCUAUUGAGAAAAUCUUCACCACUUACUCCGAGGCUGGUCUCGCUUUCUAAGAACACUAGUCAUCCGAUAAAACGACAAGUUAAUAAACUGGAAAAGCAAUGAGCUUGUUAAGCUAUGCCGAUGAUCAACGGCGUGGGUAUUCAGUAUUUCGAUAAUCUUUCUCCAUUGGCAAUUUUCACUACUGCCGAUAAAAACUCCUUUACAGUGUUAAGAAAUGAUCUAAACGUCUCAGAUCGUUGACGUCACUUCUCCUUACUCAUACUUCCUUUGCCUUUUCCGGGGAAGGUGUUCACAAGAUAUUCGCGAGAUACACCUAAUGCACGACAACGUAUUUAACGUCGGGAACAGUACCAUCAUACGUUUUCUCUAAAACUAAUCAUGUGAGAGAUGCGAUGAAGACGCAGGACGUUAAAUAUUUAUAUAUUUCACUUUUUAUCAAGAAAUCAUUGCUUUUAAUGAAAAUGAUCAUGAAAUUGUUAAUGAAACAUGGGUUUAUCCAUUUUAUAUUAACUUAUAUUUAUUUGGCCUGGAGUACACUGUGCUUCUUCUAUUUAGAGAAAAGGUAUCCGACGUUAUUUAUUGGUGGGAACCCAUUUGUACUGAUCCGUCAAGCGCUGUGUAUUAUUGCAGAGCGUAAUAUUGUUACAUGGCCGCAAACUUAUGUUAAUAAAUGUACACCGAAAA